UAACCCCCACACACACUCUUUAAAAUUUUAAGUUUUCCUUCUACUAUCUUAAAAAUACUUUAUUUACUUUUUUAAUUUGUAAACACUUGAAAAACUAAAUAUUAACGUAAAUGGCUUCAAAUCCUUAUGUUAAAUCACUAUUUUGGUUAAUAUCAAUAGGCGGCCUUGGGUAUGGUCUCAUGCGUUUAACUGCACCUUCUGAGGAAAAGAUAGCGAAAAUUCGUGCUACUACCGCUGGUAUCCAUCUAACAGAAGACGAGAAAAAGAAAGUAUUAUUCCUUAAGAAAUUGCAAGAAGCAGCCUACCAAAAAGAUCCUGUUUAUUUAAAGAAACCUGAAAAUUAGAUAAAAAAAAUUCAGCUCAACAUGAACCACGAUUUAGAAGACAACACUUUGCAAACUAUGGAGCAAACAGAUUCUACGAUCAACAAUCUCACAAAUCCUGCUAUUAAAAAAGAUCAAAUAU